AUGAAGUGGCGCCGCAACUCUGGCGACUGGCUCAUGAUCGGCGCUAAUGAAGACAACACUUGCCAGGUGGCCGCUCUGCACCAGGCCUGUGAUCUCCUGGAUCUGGCUUUCAGCUUCACGGACGAAUAUAUCCAGGAGUACAAGGACGCCGAAGGUAUCGACCCAACUUCGGCCAUCUCCCAAUCCAAGUUUCGUCCCUUCAUGCGCCACCUUGUCAUGGAACAUGUCUUACCCUUCCGUCUUGAAGCGGCCACCAACAACAUCGCAACUCGCAAGGCAAGUGGUGUGGCCUGCGACGCGAUUUCCGCCACUGACGAAGAGGGUCUCUACCUCUUGAUCACGACGGAGAGUGAUGUGAGUGAUGCUUGCAUCCUCCAACGUCUACCGGGCUUCAUGUUUCACCUCUACGACGGCAAGGACAAAGUCGACAUCCUCGACACGCUCCACCGGUCCGAACACCAGCGCCCCAUCCAACUCCAACGCCUCUGCCGCCUCACCCCCAUCGGCAUCCGCCGUGGAAAAUUCGCGAAAGCGAAAAAAGGCCUACCCCCCCCACCCCUUCCCCUACAUAUGUCCAUAGCAAACUGA